AUGCUGUUUCGAGACUACCGCGUACAUCACGCGGCCGCUGACGGUAUCGUUGUGCAACUACCUGGAAACGGCGGGUUUGGAAAAAUAACACGUGAGACAUUAGGCGGUGAUGCGCUUGCGGAAAGACUCUUUAAGCGACUCGCAUCGCGAGAACAUGUGCGUGCGGUGGCACGACCCACACGGGAUGAGCAACAGUACCGUCUUCUUAGCGUACAACUGCGAGAGUUGUGGAGUGAUGUGGUAACGUAUGCAUCUCCAGUAGCGGCACUGUUACCGCAGUUAUUUCGAAAACAUGUUCUUUUGGGCUUAGGAACCACUACCAUGGCAUGUGUGGUGAAGUCCACUCCGGAGCGUGGAGCUGUACUUUCACUUGCAGGUGGUAUGGCUGCUGUGGCUGCGCUUGAAAAUAUUCCUGCCGAUGCGGGAUCAGUGGAAGUACGACUACUUAAUUAUGAUGUAAACACCAAUGUUGCUAAUGUUACAGCACGGACUGAAGUGGUGGAACGUACACCGAGUGAUAUGGUUGCUCUGCAAUCACUUUUAUCAAGUGUACGACCCGGCAGUGUGGUUUCCUGCACUGUACUGUUAUCAUGCACAGAUGAUCAUUCUGCCAUUGUUGAGGUACCAUGUGGUGAGAGCAGUUUACUUGGUUAUUAUAUUUACCAAUGGGGUGGUGCUGCCAAGAGUGGAGAACCACCUGUGGUGGGGAGUUGUUUACAGCUAACGGUGGAGUUUGUACCAGAGGAACAGAUGCUACAGGAAGUCCUUCCAUUCCUCGUGCUGUCUAGUCGCCGCACGUUUUCCACACUUCCUGCUGUACGUAGUGUAUCUCUUUCACUAGCACGAACCGUUCCAACAACGGCAGCAGCAACGAAGAUAGGAACGAAAGCAGUAAUGACUGGACUUAUUGGUAAUUUCCCUUGGCGUGAUCGCAAGCGCCAGCAUCAACACCCUGAGAGUGAUACGGACGACAGUGAAGAUGAGGGUGGGGCGGGUCGUACGCGGGAUGGUGUUGGUGAAGGUAAGAUGCGUAAGCGUAAACUGGAGGAGGCGAUUGAUGCGUAUGAGCGAUCGAUGGAGACGACGGUGCCGUCCUCGCCGGAUGAGUUCCAGCGCCUGCUGCUUGCCUCCCCGAACAACAGUUAUCUCUGGGUGCAGUGGAUGGCCCACCACGUUGGACUGCAGCAAUAUGAGGAGGGCCGCCUGGUCGCGGAGAAGGCCCUCCGCACGAUUGGGGUGCGGGAGUCGCAGGAGCUGCUGAAUGUGUGGGUGGCGUACAUGAACCUCGAGAACCUCCACGGCACCCCCGAGUCGCUGGCGGCGGUGUUUCAGCGGGCGGUGCGGCGGGCCGCGGAGGAGCGGGUGGUGUACGACCGCCUCGCCGACAUUUACGCCGCCUCCCGCCGCACCGGCCCGCUGCUCGCCCUCUGCCGCGCCAUCGUCUCGAAGUUCCGCAGCGACAGAACCGCAUGGGAGAGACUCGCCACUACACUCCUCGAUCAAUCAAUAACAUCACAGGGAACAACAACAACAACAACAUCGUCAUCAUCCACCUCAUCCUCCUCAGGAGCAGCAGCAGCAGCGGGAGGAUCCACAUCCCAACAACUCAAGCGGGUAUUGCGGGAGAUGUCAGCGGCACUCCCACGGGAUGAGUACGCACGAGCGGUGGUGCACAUCGCCCUUCACGCCUACCGCCGCGGAGAUCCCACCACCGCCCGCGCACUACUGGACGCCCUCCUCGCACGUGCCCCGAAGAAGUCGGAUGUGUGGGCAGUCUACAUUGAUCAGGAAACUUCACGUCUCGCCAGACGUGAGCCAGACGCCGCGGUACCAUUUGUUCGUGGAUUACUCGAACGUGCCGUCGCCAGUAACUUCCCCGCACGCGUUAUGCAGCAGUUCCUCACACGCUUUAUGGCCUUUGAGCGGGUUUACGGCACACCGGCAGAUGUGGAGAAGGUCCGCACUCGCGCGAGAAGUUACGUGGAGGCGAAGAUCCAUGCAUCUGUUGGAAACACCGCACCCACUACUACUACAACUACUACUACUACAAGCACUGCAGCAGUGGAAGAAAAGGAAGGGGAAGAGGAGGCAUAG